AUGCCUCACCCUACCAAUGCCCUUGGCCUUCAUAUCCCUUCGGACGACUAUGUGCAUUCGAAUGGGACUGAAUUACAGCCCCUUUCUCCAACCACCGUCAACAGCUUCGCCCAGCAACCUCGUCUGACGAGGCAGGAUGCCAUCGACUUCAUGAAGCUCGCCAAACGGAGACUGCACGACAGACCGAGAGUCUACAACGAGUUUGUUCUCAGUAUGAAGGAAUGGCAGAGGCGUGUGAUCGAGCGUCCAGAACUGAUUGGCCGCGUUCGCACACUGUUCGACGGAUACCUAGACCUCAUUCAAGGUUUCCGAAUGUUCGUCCCACCAGACUACCUCGAGGAUUACGACAACUGGCGCUUCGGACGCGAUAUCCCGCCUCGAGGGUGA